AUGCCGAAGCCUCCUAAGAAGCAGUUUGAUGGAAAGAGGCGCAAGAAGGCCAAGGAUGAUAAGACCAAGGCCAAUGGCUUUGACGAAGUGUUGCAAGCCGACAUCGAGCAACUUAUUAAGCAAAAUCGCCCUGAGCAAGACGAUUCAAGCUCCCCGUCGCCAGUCUCUCUACCAGAGACUUUCACCGAGAUUGAUGUGACGAUAUCCGAUAUUUCCUCGACUGGUGAUGGUCUAGCGCUUUCAGAGAACAAAGACCAUGUCUAUGUGGUGCCCUUCACAGUCCCGGGAGACAAGGUCCGAGUCAAGGUCGUUCGCCAUUUCCCCGCCCUUUCUUAUAGUGCUACCGAUUUCCUGAGCGUCAUUGAAGCGGGACCGACACGAAAAGAUGAACUCAUUGGGUGUAAAUACUUCUCAAAGUGCUCCGGUUGCCAAUUGCAAAUGAUGUCCUACGAGGACCAACUGGCCCACAAGCGCCGUAUCGUCGAAAAAGCCUACGCCAACUUCUCCGGAUUAAUCCCAGAGCUUGUACCAGCCAUUGACGAGACAUUCCCAUCACCUUUGCAAUACGGAUACCGAACAAAACUCACACCGCACUUUGCGCAACCUCAACACAAGAAGAGUGAAGAUGGCGAGCAACCGCAAGGGACCAAUGUUCCUGCCAUUGGAUUUACGUACAAGGGCCGCAGAAUGGAUUUGGAUAUCGAGGACUGUCCUUUGGGAACAGACGUUGUGCGCCAGGGCUUGAAGAGCGAAAGAAAGCGUGUAGCCGCAAAUAUCAGCUCUUACAAGAGGGGCGCAACACUUCUCAUGCGCGAAUCGACAAGUCGAUUCCCUAAGGAUGCCCCAACCGAUGGGUCUGAAAUCAAGGAAAUCAGUGGAAUGGUAUCAACCCCAGGCGCAGACAGUGGUGAUGUGAUCCGCAUCGAGCGCGAAAACUACGUCGAGGAGAAGCGAUGCAUCACAGACAACAAUGCCACCUCUGUGGAGUAUGUCGAUGAUUACGUCUUUGGCAACAAGGCUGGAGCCUUCUUCCAGAACAACAACUCCAUUCUGUCAGGGUUCACUGAGUUCAUUCGCUCUCAUGCUCUUCCCGCUGGCAACGACAAAGAUCCUCGUCCCAUUAAAUACCUACUCGAUGCCUAUUCCGGCUCUGGUCUCUUCACCAUCACACUCUCCCCAAUCUUCAAAUCCAGUCUCGGUGUCGACGUUGCUGGUGACUCCAUCAUCUCUGCACGCGAAAAUGCCCGCGCCAAUAAUCUCCCCAGCACUGGUUUUGCUGCAGCUGACGCAGCUGUCUUGUUCAAGGAUGUUCCCUAUCCCGCUGACCAGACUUUGCUGGUCAUUGACCCGCCUCGCAAGGGUUGUUCAGAAGACUUCCUGGAACAGCUUCUUUCUUUCAAGCCUCGUCGCGUUGUCUACGUGAGCUGUAACGUUCAUACUCAGGCUCGCGAUGUUGCUGUCAUGGUGCAGGGAGAUGAAUCGAAGAAUGUUCGGUAUGAGAUCGAAAGUAUUCGUGGCUUUGAUUUCUUCCCUCAAACAGGCCAUGUUGAGGGUGUGGCUAUCUUGAACCGUGUCGAGUUUCCUCCAAAGACUGAGGAGUCGGCAUAA